CAGCGGCUGCGGCAGUCCUCGGCAGCGCCAGCCACAGCUUGCGAGAGCCCGGCUCCCGUUCCUGCCAGCACCAUGGACGUCUUCAAGAAGGGCUUCUCCAUCGCCAAGGAGGGUGUGGUGGGUGCUGUGGAGAAGACCAAGCAGGGGGUGACGGAGGCGGCGGAGAAGACCAAGGAGGGGGUCAUGUAUGUGGGAGCCAAGACCAAGGAGGGUGUUGUGCAGAGCGUGACUUCAGUGGCUGAGAAGACCAAGGAGCAGGCCAAUGCUGUGAGUGAGGCGGUGGUCAGCAGCGUCAACACUGUGGCCACCAAGACCGUGGAGGAGGCAGAGAACAUCGUGGUCACCGCCGGAGUAGUGCGCAAGGAGGAACUGAAGCAGCCAGCUCCCCCCAAGGAGGGCGAGGCGGCCCAGGAGGAAGAGGAAGUGGCUGAGGAGGCCAAGAGCUGGGGAGACUAGUGGACUGCAGGUCAGCUGCGGAGGCCCGGAGGAGCCGCCACCUGCCUCGGAACCGUCCCCUGCUGGCCCGACGUGCCCUCCGGGCGGCCAGGCCCGUGCUUC